UCACUGAAACGGUGCGUAGCGUGGCUGAUUAUAACUACAGCACUCUUAAAGCCAGAGCUAGAGUUCCCUUCUUUGCCAGCGCACCCCGCUUCUUGAAGAAUGCUUGUCGACUCCUUUGAGGUUCAGUCUCCCAACGUGGUGUACUCGGACGAGCACAUCACCAGCACCUACGACUAUGCGUCCACCAAGCUGGACCGCGCCCCUGAUGGAAAGUGGGUGGUCAAGCCGACCUCCACCAGCUACCAGUUCCGCGUGGACCGCCGCGUUCCCAAGCUUGGUGUGAUGCUGGUCGGCUGGGGCGGUAACAACGGUACCACUCUGACUGCUGGUAUCCUGGCCAACAAGCAUGGUAUCACCUGGAUGACGAAGGACGGCCUUAAGAAGCCCAACUUCUACGGCUCGCUGACCCAGGCGGCCACCGUUCGCGUGGGCAACUUUGAGGGCGAGGAGGUUUACGCGCCCUUCAAGGCGCUGCUGCCCAUGGUGGAGCCCAAUGAUAUUGUUCUGGGUGGAUGGGAUAUCUCCGGUCUGAACCUGGCUGAGGCGAUGGAGCGCGCCAAGGUCCUGGACUGGACCCUGCAGGAGCAGAUGGUGCCCUACAUGCGCGAGAUGGUGCCCCUGCCGGGCAUCUACGACCCCGACUUCGUGGCCGCCAACCAGGAGGAGCGCGCUGAUAACCUGAUUAAGGGCACGAAGAGCGAGCAGCUGGCCGUGGUGCGUCAGCAGAUCCGCGCCUUCAAGGAGGCCAACCAGGUGGACAAGAUCGUGGUGCUGUGGACCGCCAACACCGAGCGCUUCGCUCAGGUGGUGGAGGGCCUGAACGACACCGCGGACAACCUGCUGGCGUCCAUUGAGCGCAACGAGGCGGAGAUCGCGCCCAGCACCCUGUACGCGGUGGCCUGCGUGCAGGAGGGCGUGCCCUUCGUCAACGGCUCCCCGCAGAACACCUUCGUGCCCGGCAUGAUCGACCUGGCCGUGAAGCACAACGUGCUCAUCGGCGGCGACGACUUCAAGUCGGGCCAGACCAAGCUCAAGUCGGUGCUGGUUGACUUCCUGGUGGGCGCGGGCAUCAAGCCCACCUCCAUCGUGUCCUACAACCACCUGGGCAACAACGACGGCCUGAACCUGUCGGCGCCUCAGACCUUCCGCAGCAAGGAGAUCAGCAAGUCCAACGUGGUGGAUGACAUGGUCGCCUCCAACUCGAUCCUGUACGCGCCCGGCGAGCACCCCGACCACUGCGUGGUGAUCAAGUACGUGCCGUACGUGGGCGACUCGAAGCGCGCCAUGGACGAGUACACGAGCGAGAUUUUUAUGGGCGGCCGCAACACGCUGGUCAUCCACAACACCUGCGAGGACUCGCUGCUGGCGGCGCCCAUCAUCCUUGACCUGGUGCUGCUGGCGGAGCUGGUGACGCGUAUCCACCUGAAGAAGGAUGGCGAGGAGGCCUUCCACGGCCUGCACCCUAUCGCCGUGCUGCUGUCCUACCUGACCAAGGCGCCGCUGGUGCCCUACGGCACGCCCGUGGUUAACGCGCUCGCCAAGCAGCGCGCCAUGCUCGAAAACAUCAUGCGCGCCUGCGUCGGCCUUGCGCCCGACAACAACAUGCUCAUGGAGUUCAAGUAGAGCGGCGGCGCCAGUGCUUGCAGCCGGGAUGGGUCCUUGUUGAGUUUCGUGCGCAUGUAGUGUGACGGGUGUGUCGGUACUUUGCAGGAGCGUACGUAGAGUGCAAGGCUAGGCAGUGGAGGGGUGCAGUGUACCACAAGCGUUGGUGUCGUUUCUUCUUCUUGUGUUGGAGUGUUCCUUGGGUGUGGCCGGAUGGUGCGGCGGCUUUCCUCCGGGUGGGCUGCUUUGUUGCGGCAGCGAGGCCGGAGAGGGAGGUCGGCGCCCAAACACGCAUUCCGGGUGUAUGACUAGCGCUUCUGGACUAUUGACCAGAGCAGUACAGAACUGGCCCGCAAUUGUGCGGUCGCAUAUUGAUGUUUCCAUCCGACGAUGGUUGCUAUUAGAGGUGGAGAGAGAGCGAGGAUUCCGGAUUUUGCUGCGCCGGCUAGCGUGAAGGAAGUGAACAUGAUGAGGAUGAUGUGGAGUUUGGACCGGAAGGGUGCACCGCACCUGAACACGCUUAUGGCCAUGGCCCAGGGCGGUGUGAAAGUAUUGAUUCGGCGCCCACAUCCCAGUGCACGUGUCCAGAAUAUAUGACAGUUUACAGCCAAGCCCGCACAUCUGUAUCGCAUCGUAUCAC